AUAUGAUUCUCAUUUAGUGAUAACGUUUAUGACCUUUGCGAAAAAAGUUUCUCACGUUAAACUCAUUGUGAGUAAGCUAAAAAUCUAUUGUAGACUUAGUAUUAAAUAACCUAAAACCAAUAAUGGCAUCCGCAAAAUUGCAUACUAUUGUACGUUCGUUAAGCACGGCUACUUCGCAGGGGUUGGUCAAGCCUCCAGUUCAAGUAUUUGGCAUCGAAGGCCGAUAUGCUACAGCAUUGUUUUCAGCUGGUAGUAAACAAAAUCAAUUGGAAGCUAUCGAAAAAGACUUGCUUAAAUUUCAAGGUGCAUUAAAAAAUGAUGGAAUUCUUAAGGAGUUUAUUGAAAACCCUAUCAACAAAAGAAACUUAAAGGCUAAUACUUUAAAAUUGGUUGCUAAAAAAUUGUCACUGUCACCACCAGCUUCAAAUUUCUUGGGAUUAUUGGCUGAAAAUGGGCGAUUACAAAAACUUAAUUCUAUAAUAAAUAAUUAUCAAAUCAUUAUGUCAGCUCACCGAGGAGACCUUCAAUGCAUUGUGACUACUGCAAAACCUCUAGAUGCAGCUGACCAACAAGAAUUGAAGAAAACAUUACAGGCUUUUGCCAAAAAGGGAGAAACAAUCAAGUUAAAUUUAAAAGUAGACCCAAAUAUAAUUGGAGGUAUGGUUGUCAGUAUUGGUGAUAAAUAUGUAGAUAUGAGUGUUGCAACCAAAAUCAAGAAGUACACUGAAAUAAUCCAAAGUGCUAUUUAAAUUCUUUGUUAUUUAUAGUUCAUUAAUAAUGUUUUAUUAUAGAAGAAAUUGGAAUAAUAAAAAUUAGAAAAUAAUUAAUUUUUUUUUAAUUGCAAAAUUCAAAAAUUGUAUAGCAUAUUUCAAUUGAUGUUA